CGUUCGUUCGCUCGGUGAAGUCGCGCGCAGCCAGCCGGGAGAAGUUUUUUGAAAAUAAACGUGACACUUUUCCACUUUCCUUUUGUUUUUCUGCGUGUUUUCAUCAACUCAACGGCUGAAAAAAGAAGCGAAAAGAAGCGAAAAGAAACGCAGAUAUCAGAAAGUCCGCCAUCGACGAGCUGAGCGGAGGAACACCACCGAGGAAGAAGGAGAGAAGAAGAAGAAGAAGGAGGCAUCAAUGUCUUCCCCAGAGGAAGAAGAGGAAGAGCAGUCGUCUGCCGUGUCGGUCGCCAUGUCGGUGGACUCGAAGGCGGAGCUAACCACGCUGCUCGACGAAUGGGAGGAGGCGCAGCGAGGGACCACGGAGACGCUGGUGUCCAUCCUCACCAAAAUCUCUGAGCUGAUUGAACGGGAGACGGGAGAGUAUCACAAAGUGGAUCCUGAUCCGUUUGACGACCGUCAUCCAGGACGAGCAGACCCAGAGUGCAUGCUGGGACAGCUGCUGAAGAUGCUCUUCAUGAACGACGACUUCACUAAUGCGCUGAUGGACACCUACAUCAUGACCAGCAGGGAGCUGAGCCUCAACACCGCCGCCUGCCGCCUGCUGCAGAACAUCGUGCCGGGUCUGGAGACCGCCGUCGUCUUCCAGGAGAAGGAAGGUCUGGUGGAGAAGCUGUUCAGCUGGGCUCGAGAGGCGGAGCGGCCGCUGUGCGUCUUCGCCUCCGGUCUGUUGGCCCGAGCCAUGAGCAACCAGGAAGUAGCAGCAAGCUACAGAGAGGAGAACGCUCAGCUGGUGCCGAUCAUGAUUCAGCGUCUCCACGAGCUGCAGACACAAGACGCCGAGACGCCACAGAACCUCCUUCGGGUCGACUCCACCCAGGAGGAGGUGGAGAGGGAGGAGAGGGAGGGGCAGAGCGGCAGGACGACGUCGAAGACCAAAUGUUUGUCGCGCUCGGCCCAGAAGAACAGCGCCUCCUCGCGCCUCCUCCCGGACUUUGUGUACCAGGCGAGGCCGGCGACCUCCAGGGAGACGGAGGAUCGGCAGGAGGGAGGAGCAGGAGGAGGAGCAGGAGGAGGAGCAGGGAGACGGGCGGCGACGGAGAACGGGAGGAAGGCCAAGCAGAAACUCAACUUCACCUCCUCCUGCAGGACCGAGGAGGAGGAGCCCAGCGGCAGCGCCCCCUGGUCCGAGGUGAGCUCGAUGGUGAUUGGCUCCGACCACCGCCUGUCACCUCUGAGCCCGGCCACGGAGCAGAGGCUCAUCCUGCAGUACCUGACGCCGCUGGGAGACUACCAGGAGCUGCUGGCCGUCUUCAUGCAGCUGGACACUCGCUCUCUGCUGAUGAACUACAUCGACCUCCAGAGGACCAGAAACGUGCAGCUGACCUUCGACGGCCUUCUGUAUCUGGCCUCGCUGCUCCUCCAUAAGAAGUUCGCAGCAGAGUUCAUAACUCACGGAGGAGUUCAGAAGCUUCUGGCGAUCCCGAGACCGUCGAUGGCGGCGACCGGAGUGUCGCUCUGCUUGUAUUACCUAGCAUACAACCAGGACGCGCUGGAGAGGGUGUGCACGCUGCCGGACGGCGUGCUGUCCGACGUGGUGUCCUACGCGCUGUGGCUGCUGGAGUCGUCCCACGCGUCGGGCGUCUGCCACGCCACCAUGUUCUUCUCCAUCGCCUUCUCCUUCAGGGCGGUGCUGCAGCUCUUCGACCGCCAGGACGGCCUCCGCCGGCUGGUCAACCUGGUCAGCACUUUGGAGAUCCUGAACACGCAGACCGAGGCGUCCAUCAUGAGCGACGACAAGGUCUUCGCCAACCGACAGACGGCCAAACACACCUGCAUGGCUCUGCGCAGGUACUUUGAGGCUCACCUGGCGGUGAAGGCCGAGCAGGUGAAGCAGUCGCUGCACACGUCGGACGAGGGCACCGGUCCCCAGCAGCCGUUUUAUAAGGCAUACACGUACACCAGAGAGCAGGUGAUCGAGAUGAUGGAGUUCCUCAUCGAGUGCGGACCUCCUCAGCUUUACUGGGAACCAGUGGAGGUUUUCUACAAGCUGUCCUGCGUGCCUUUAAUGCUGCAGCUCAUCUCCGCCGCCUGCGACUGGAGGACCUACUACGGCCGGAGUGACACCGUGCGCUACGUGCUGGACAUCCUGGCCAUGCUGGUGGUGGUCCCGAAGGUCCAGUUGGUGCUGGUGGACACGGUGGAGGUUCUGGACGAGACCAGGGCGUCCGUCUCCACUGUGGGUAUGAGCAUCAUCCUGGGUGUCAUUGAGGGCGAGGUGUUCGUCAACGAUGCAGAGAUCCAGAAGUCUGCACUCCAAGUGAUCAAUAACUGUGUGUGCGCUCCGGACCAGAGCCUGAACACCGUGGGCGCGUUCGCCGUCGCCCCCCUCCGGCCGUCGCUCCACCCCCAGCAGACCCCGGCGCCCCACAACAGAGUGCUGGCCCACAUGUGGCAGAUGGUGCAGAACAACAACGGCAUAAAGGUGCUCCUGUCGCUGCUGUCGGUGAAGAUGCCGAUCACGGACGCCGACCUGAUCCGCGCUCUGGCCUGCAAGGCUCUGGUCGGGCUGUCGCGCAGCUCGGCCAUCAGACAGAUCAUCAGCAAGCUGCCGCUCUUCACCAGCAGCCACAUUCAACAGCUGAUGAAGGAGCCGGUGCUGCAGGACAAACGCACCGAGCACGUCCGCUUCUGCCGCUACGCCGCCGAGCUGACGGAGCGCGUGUCGGGGAAGCCCUUGCUCAUGGGCACCGACGUGUCGCUGGCCCGCCUGCAGAGGGCCAACGUGGUCGCCCAGUCGCGCAUCACCUUCUCCGAGCGGGAGCUCUUCGUGCUGAUCCGGAACCACCUGGUGGCCAAAGGCCUGCAGGACACGGCCAACGCGCUCGUCAAGGAGGCCAACCUGCCCGCCGGGUCGCUCUGUCCCAACGCCACCGCCGCCGCCUCCUGCUGCGUCACCCCUCCCCCCUCCUCCUCCUCCCCCAUGAUUCCCAGGUCUUGCCGGUUGGCCGCCGCCUCCUCUCCUCCUCGCGCUCCCUCUCGCUCCUCACCCCUCCUCUUCGUCCACCACCCCCCUCCCUCCUCCUCCUCCUCUCCUCCUCACGGGCAGGGCGGCUCGCAUCCGGUCGGCCGGAUUCUGUUCACGCGCGAGCGCCCAGCGGCGCCGGCGCCGUCUCACUCAGGGAAGAAGCUCCGGGCGCUGAAGCAGAAGUCUGACCACGGGGCUUUCAUACAGACUCCGGCCAUGAAGAAGCAGCCGGAGCGCCACCUCCCCUCCCCCCCCACCCUGGACAGCAUCAUCACGGAGUACCUGAGGGAGCAGCACGCCCGCUGCCCCAACCCCGUCACCACCUGCCCCCCCUUCUCCCUGUUCGCCCCCCACCGCUGCCCCGAGCCCAAGCAGAGGAGGCAGGCGUCGCCCAGCUUCACCGCCCGCCUGGGCAGCCGGGUGCUGUACCCCAAGUACGGGGGCGUGGACCGCGGCUGCCUGGACCGGAACCUGAUCUUCAGCAGGUUCCGUCCGAUGUCGGUGUUCCACGAGGGCGACGGAGACGAGAGCGGCUUCACCUGCUGCGCCUUCUCAGCCCGCGAGCGCUUCCUGAUGCUGGGCACCUGCUCGGGCCACCUGAAGUUCUACAACGUGUUCUCCGGAGAGGAGGAGGCCAACUACACCUGCCACUCGUCGGCCAUCACCCACCUGCAGCCCUCCAGGGAUGGGAAGCUGCUGCUCACUUCUGCCUCUUGGAGCGUCCCCCUAUCUGCCCUCUGGAGUAUGGACGGUGUCUUUACCUUGAAGAACUCGUUUGUGAACGACCACUACGUGGAGUUCAGUAAACACUGUCAGGACCGAGUCAUCGGCACCGAGGACCAAGUCGCACACAUCUACGACAUCCAGACGGGCCAGAAGACGGUGAACCUGAGCGACGCCGCGCUGGCCAACUACAAGAGGAACUGCGCCACCUUCAACCCCACGGACGACCUGGUGCUGAACGACGGCGUGCUGUGGGACGUGCGGGCGUCGCGAGCCAUCCAUAAGUUCGACAAGUUCAACAUGAACAUCAGCGGCGUUUUCCACCCGAACGGCCUGGAGGUCAUCGUCAACACGGAGGUCUGGGACUUGAGGACCUUCCACCUCCUGCACACCGUCCCAGCUCUGGACCAGUGCAGACUGGUCUUCAACAGCAACGCCACCAUCAUGUACGGAGCGAUGCUGCAAGCCGAUGAUGAGGACGACGCCAUGGACCAGCAGAUGAAGAGUCCCUUCGGCUCGUCCUUCAGGACCUUCGACGCUACAGACUACAAGCCCAUUGCCACAGUGGACGUGAAGAGGAACAUCUUCGACCUGUGCACAGACAGAAAAGACUGCUACCUGGCCGUCAUUGAGAACCAGGACACCGUGAGCUUGGACACGGUGUGCCGUCUGUACGAGGUCGGAAGACACAAACUGGCUGAAGAGGGAGACGACGACGAUCAGGACGAAGACCAGGACGACGAUGACUCCUCGGACUCGGAUGACGACGACGACGAAGACGACAACGAUGAGGACGAUGAGGACAUGGACACGGACCCGCUCUUGCGGGAGCUGGCCAAUCACAGCGACGCGGAAAACGAAGACGGACCUCAAGAUGAAGAGGCGGCAGAUCCGCCAGCCAGCGACGACGACGAUGAUGAUGUUGAGGAUGAGGACUUCGUGAAUUCAGACCAAUCGGACGAAAGUGAAGAUCUAUCAGACUUAUCAGACUUCGAAAACUUCCUCCCACAACAGUUGGUUGAUGAAAGCCGGGUCCUUCAGGACCUCAGUGACGGUUGGUCCUCCUGACCGGAGUUCCUCUGCUGACAACAAGAAACCUCAACAAGGACUUGUUUUUGCUCUUUUUAGAAAACAAAAACCUAAAAAUAGAAUUUCUCAUUGAAUCUGUCGAGUUGACUGAACUCACCGAGGACGACAGAAGAGGUUCUCUUUACGUUCUAAACUUCAGGGACUUUAAAUAAAUGUCCCCAAAGGGGAUUCAGAUGUUUCUUCCUGAUGUUUCACGUCUGAUGGACGAAGUCUCACGUUGCUGUCUCACUCUCGAGCUCUGCGUCCCAUUCACUGACCACAAACACACGUUUACAGUUUUAAUGUAAACAAACAAACGUUGAGCCAUAAUUUAAAAUCAACGUCUCCUGUUUCUGAUGUUUGUGGUUCCUCUCAAGGAAACCGAGCGGUCUCUCCUCUCACAGCAAUACAAUGUUCUCCCUUUUGAUCCUCAGACGUUUCACACUGAGCGAACACGGUAAACGUCCGACCUGAAGAGAUGAAGAUGAAGAUGAAGGUGACCGCGAGCAUCAACAUCGGCUGUAAUGUCUCCACAAAACUCACGACGCUAAAAGAACUUCUUUGUUUCAUUUCAUUAGUUUUUCGCUCCCUCUUUACGGAGGAAGACGUCUUUCACCGUUUACUUCCUGCUUUUAUCCAAACGCCUUUAAAGUGUCAGAGGAACUUUAGUCACUUUGUUUGUAGCAGCUGAUUGUGUUAAAUAUAACAUUCUAUUAUACAGCUGGUGAUAAUCAGCUGCUGCAAAGUCUUGAACACACAAGAUAGGAAAGUUAUAUUUAUAUAAGAGCAGAUUUUCCUAUUCCUCAGUCGACCUUUUGACCUUUCGACUGUUUUGAGCCCACAAAACGCGACGUCUUCACCGUUUUUUAACCUUUUAUUUUAUUUUUUUUAAACCGCGUCAAACAAUCUGCAGCAUGUCUGAAAGUUUGGAGUGUUUUGAUGUGUGUGUGUGUGUUGUGUGUGGUGUGCGUGUGAGAAUGAUUGUGCUGUUGGGUCAAAACUUAAAGGGACAGUCACCUUUAUAACAUUCUGAACUGUCCCUUUAAUUCCGGGUUUAAACGUGAGGCGCCAGAGUUUGAGUCGAGUGGAGGCGUUUGUGCACAUCGUGAAAUCACGCUGGAAAAUUCAAAGUAAUGUGUGUUUCAGAGCCGUAUAAUCUAGUUUUAUAAUAGAUUGUAUUGUAUAUAAAUCUGUUUGAAUUGUUGUAAAUGGUUCGGUGGAAGAGUUCUACUUUAAUAAUAAAAGAGCUUCUCCCUCGUC